AUGUGCAUUAGAGUAGUUGAUUUGUGGGUUGUUAUUGAAAAAAAUGGUGAUAAACAUCUGGAAGCCGUGAUUCAAGAUGGACAGGGUGAUAAGAUCCAUGUAAUAACUCGGAGCAGGGACUUCCCAGAUUGGGUUGAAGCUGUCAAGGAGCAUGAGACGUAUAAUCUAUAUAACGGGGAGCCAGUUGAAAAUGAUGUUCCUCUAAAGGUGUGUUGUAACCCACUCAAGCUCAUCUUUAAUGGAGGCACUACCAUGACCAAAGUGGCUAUACCGGAAAUACCUGCUCAUAAAUUCAGUUUCUUUCCUAUUGAGAAGUUCCUCAAGGGUGACUACAAACAUAACAUGUUGUAUGACAUCUUUUUCCAUCCAUUCAUGGACCCUGUUGACCCAAUUGGCUCAGCCAAAAAGGCAAGAGCAAGAAGAUCGUUGCUCUUGAGAGACUUGCGUUCCAAGCGUCAAAAAUAUUGUGGUCCACAACAACUACAUGGCGAUAGAAUGAUGAAUACUCCAGUGUCAAUUACACCUAGGCAACCUUUGAACGAAUUGACUCCGUCACUACGAAACAGUUAUGCAGUAAAUCCGUCCGGUAAACAGCCUAUGAUCUUAACUCCACGUGAUGCCGGUUCAGAACCUAGCAUAUCAAGACAUGCUUUUAGGACAAAUCUUAGCACCUACCAAAUAGGAGGUUUGGGAACAAAUCUAUUCUCAAAAUUUGCGGGAAUUUCUGCGGAAAAGGAGAACGAAUCCUUUACUCCUUCAUCAUUGGUCAAUUUAAAAGAACGGUCACCCUCUCAUGAAAUGGAGGUCCUUAGAACUGGAUGUUCUUCUAAUGUACACACGUGCCCACCAAGUUCCAGACCACGUCGGGGUAGGCCUAAAAAUGGAUAUGGUGUUCCAAAUAUUGCUAGGAACUUGACCAGGAAGUUCCCUGAUCUCGCAAGUACAAACACUGCUACGCCGGCCUCUACUCUCGACGGAAAUGAACAAACCAGCAAUCCAGCUCUGUACACACUUAAUGGGAGAGAUGCUAAUGCUAAUUUUGUGCUUUCAACUCAGCCAGUCCAGAUUUCGUCUGAUCUAAACAAUGCAUCGUCUUCCGGAAGAAAACCACGAAGUACUCCCAUCCCUAAACGAUCUAGGGGCAGGCCUAGAAAACAAUUGAGCGAGAUUCCAUGUCCGCCGUCGAAUUUCAAUAGGCCGUUCACGUUCCAAAGCAUUGGUGUGGCAUCUUCCAAAGCAAAUGACCAACCUAAUACAAGUUAUGUCAAUACACCAUUGGUCACGCCUCUGCAAAUACCCAGUGUUAGAAACCAGCCUGUUUGUCGCGAAGUGCCGCCACUUACACAGUCCACACACACUCACCAUUGUAGCUCGGAGCCAACGUGUCCGAUUUUUACACCUACGGUUAAUAUGGAUUUUAAUAGCGACUCGGACCAAGAUAGCGACUACGACCCUUUUGCAGCAUAUCAUUCCGAAGAUGAAAUCUGUUCAGAUACCGACGAGCAUGAGGCACCUUUUACAAUCCAUGGCUAUGUUACCGGAAUUGAGGAUGAAUAUUACGAUAUCGGUUCACCUCUUAUCGAAUGUCGUUAUUGUAAAGCAAUGAUGUGGUAUCAAGAGAGGAUGCACAAAAGUACCCACUCUGCUAACCCGAAGUUUAUGAUGUGCCGUGGGAACGGAAAAGUUGAACUACCACUGCUAAGACAGCCUCCGGAACCACUUGCAACACUUCAGUUUGAUCACGAAAGUAUUGUUAGUCGGAAGUUUCAACAACAAAUCCGACUAUACAAUAUGAUGUUUGCAUUCACAUCACCGGGAGCAAGGUUGGACAAUCGUUUUAACAACGGACGUGGCCCUCCAAUACUAAGGAUACAAGGUCAAACGUGUCAUCGCAUCGGAAGUAUGUUACCUCCUCAAGGAAGUAAACCAAAGUUCGCUCAGUUAUAUAUUUAUGACACCGAAAAUGAGGUGGAAAACAGAAUGCAUCAUCUAAGGAACAAAGAGAACAUUGAUCCUUUGGUUGUCAAUCAACUGUCCAACAUGUUGUAUGAAUACAAUCCACAUGCUAAGAUAUUUCAAAUGGCAAGACAAUGGUUGAAUAGCGGGGAACCUCAGAACCUAAAACUGCGACUAAUUUCUAAUCGGUCUACCGAUGGCAGAGUGUAUAACCAGCCAACUGUUAGUGAAGUUGCAGCCUUGGUUAUUGGAGAUAUUGACACGGCAGAAAUGAGGGAUAUAAUUAUGCAAACUAGAGGAGGAGGACUUCAAAGAAUCAACGAACUCCAUGCAUCUUACAUGGCUUACCAAUAUCCGUUGAUUUUUCCGUAUGGUGAGGAUGGCUAUGGACCCGAUGUAGCCCAUAGACGGCUGUUCCAGCAAUUUCUGGUAGAUGGUUACACUAUGUUGGAGUCCGAGAAACUAGAAUGGCUGCACAAAAAUCAACCAAAGCUACGAGUGUCCAAGUACAAUUCUUUGCAUCAAGAAGGCGACCAAAGUCAAGCUCCAGGUUUAAGCAUAGGUAAACGAGUGGUGUUGCCUUCGUCCUUUGUUGGCGGUCGUAGGUUUAUGGAUCAACUGUACUACGAUGGAAUGGCUAUAUGCAGUAAAGUUGGAUUUCCAGAUUUGUUUAUUACUUUUACCUGUAACCCAAAUUGGCCUGAGAUUCAAAGGGUUCUUGGUCCUCUGCAUUUGAAUCCUCAAGAUCGACCAGAUAUCAUUUCUAGAGUCUUCAAAAUCAAGUUUGAUCAAUUGCUUUCAGAUUUGACCAAAAAAGGUGUUCUUGGAAAAGUGCUUGCUUUAAAAUUAACUCUUGCAUCACGGUUCAUUGUAGAUAUGUACACCAUUGAAUUUCAAAAAAGAGGAUUGCCUCAUGCCCAUAUAUUAAUCUUCUUGCACCCUUCAAACAAAUAUCCAAGACCGGAAGACAUUGACAAGAUCAUUAGUGCUGAAGUGCCCGAUCCCGAAACACAACCUCGGCUGUACAAUUUGGUCAAAGCUCACAUGGUUCACGGUCCUUGUGGUUUGGCAAAUCUCAAGUCACCUUGUAUGAAAGAUGGGAGGUGCACAAAGUUUUACCCUAAGAAAUUCCAAAGUACAACAAUAGUGGACCAAGAAGGCUACCCGGUUUAUAGGAGAAGAAACAACGGACACACCAUUCAAAAGAAAGACAUCAUUUUUCAUAGUGGUCAUGUUGUUCCUCACAAUCCAAGUCUGUUGUUGAAAUACGAAGCCCACAUCAACAUGGAAUGGUGCAAUCAAAACACUUCCAUCAAAUACCUUUUCAAAUAUAUUAAUAAAGGGUCCGAUAGAAUUUCGGCAAUCAUACAAGGCCAAGACAAAAACAACGUUGACGAGAUCAAACAAUAUUUGGAUUGUCGAUACAUCUCCCCAAGUGAAGCAUGUUGGCGGAUAUUUUCUUAUACUAUACAUGGCAGGAAACCAGCCGUAGAAAGAUUGUUUUUUCACAUGGAAGGUGAAAACUCCGUGUACUACAAAGACUACGAGCAGGUUGGUGAUGUGUUGCUCAAACCAAGUGUAACGGAGUCCAUGUUUACGGCUUGGUUUGAGGCAAACAAAAUUUAUGAGGAAGCAAGAUUACUAACUUAUGGUGACUUUGUUUCUAAAUUUGUUUAUCACAAACGAAGUCGAAGUUGGAAACCAAGAAAGCGAGGAUAUACCAUUGGUCGAUUGAUUUAG